AUGCCUCCUAAAAAACGGAAUUCUGGGACGACACAGAGCAAAGAGAUGAAGCCCGCUGCUGAAAAUGCCUCUCCAGACAAGGAGAGUCCAGAGUUAUCUCUUAAAAAGCACGGAGACAAGGAUGCUGAGUUCGUGAUUCUGUGCAAGAGCCUUCAUGUGACUGACCCUGUAUGUGACCGUGCCUGGACGUUGUGGAAGACUAUUCAGGAGUCCAUGGAUGAAGCUGCAGACAGUCAGAAGAGGCUGUGGGGUGCUUGUCUGUUUGUGACUGUGACAGACAUGGAUGCCACCUGUUUCACUUUGACCCAGGUUCUGAAAGCAGUCAGUCUGAGUGUCAAACAGUUUAUAGGUCUGGUGAGGAAGUUGGAUGUGAACUUGGAUACAAUAAGCACCAAGGUGAACUCAGCACUGUCACGACUGGAGAAGAAGUAUGAUGUGAUCCUGGCUCUUUACCAGAGGUUUGAGAAAACUUGCAAGAAUAUUUUCGAUCUGACUUCUGAUGGCAAGGUGAGGGAAACUAUGCGGACUUGCUGGACGAUGUUUCUUUUGGCCAAAGGAAGGACCUUACAGAUGGAAGAUGACCUGGUCAUAUCAUUCCAGCUGCUGCUUUGUACUCUGGAGUUGAUCAUCAAGCACUGCUCUCCAGACCUUCUGCAGCCUCUUUACAAAUCAGCCAUAAGCAAAGUUCAGAGUCCUCCAACGCGAACAUCUCGUCGCAACCACAGCAAAACGAAAUCCCGAGCCAUGGAGCCAGAGGUUGAUGUGCAGCUUCUUGAAACCUUAUGCAAAGAGAAUGAAUGCAGUGCAGAAGAGGUGAAGAACGUUUACCAGACCAGUUUCAUGGCUUUCCUAGAGUCAAUGGAUCUUUCAAGAAGCCCAGAUUUUCCUCGGGUGAAUGAUGUCGACCAACAAUAUGAAGAGCAUUACCUCAAGAGUAGAGACAUUGAUGGACGGAUGUUUUUUGAUGGAGAUGAGACUGUUCUUGCACCCAAAGUCGAGAUACCACAAGUGGAGAGAACACCAAAGAAGAACCUAUCAGAUGAAGAUGGAUUAGUCAUCCCUCCUCAGACACCUAUCAGAGCUGCCAUGACCUCCAUUCAGCUGUUAAGGGGUGAUCUCACUUCCAGUGGGGACCAGCCAUCUGCUAACUUGCUUACAUAUUUCAAACAUUGCACUGUGGACCCGACGCAGGAUGUGCAGAAGCGCUUGGAGACGCUUGGACAGGUGUUCAGUCAAACAUUUGGUCAGGCAGUUGGCCCACACUGUGUAGUGUACGGCAGGCAGAGAUUUGCCCUCGGUGUCAGACUGUAUUACAGAGUUAUGGAGGAAAUGUUGAAAUCGGAGGAGAAACGCCUGUCUGUGCAAAAUUUCAAUAAACUCCUCAAUGACUCCACAUUCCACACAUCGCUUUUGGCCUGUGCUUUGGAGGUAGUCAUGGCAACAUAUGGAGAGAGCAGUUUCAAAAAUGGAGGGUACAACCAUGGAGGAGGCGACUCAGCCGAGACCAACGUCUGUUUCCCCUGGAUACUAAAUGUAUUUAACCUCGCCGCCUUCGACUUCUACAAAGUCAUUGAGAGCUUCAUUAAGGCCGACCCCACGCUGAGCAAAGAUGUCGUCAAGCAUCUGGAGACCUGCGAGAACCUCAUCAUGGAGAGACUUGCAUGGAGGACGGGCUCCCCAUUGUUUGAGCUUCUGACACAGGAGCAUGAGAGCGGAGGAGCAGAGCAGGUGGAGACCCCAGCCAAUUUCAGCCAACCACUGCAGCACAACCACACCGCAGCUGACCUAUACCUGUCCCCCGUGCGCCCGGGCCAUCGGGUAUUGCCUCCUGACUCCAGUUCUCAAACGUCCUCUCAAGCUGCCUCACAGGCUGCCAGCCAAGCUCCACGACACCCAAAGUCCAACUCUCUCAGCCUUUUCUAUAAAAAGUUAUACCGCCUGGCCUAUACGAGGCUGAAAAUGCUCUGCUCGUACUUGCUGUCCUCCCACCCUGAUUUUGAACCCAUAAUAUGGACUCUGUUCCAGCACACACUGCAGCAUGAGUACGAGCUGAUGAGAGACCGUCACCUCGACCAGUUGAUGAUGUCCGCCAUGUAUGCCAUAUGUAAAGUGAAGAGUGUUGAUCUGCGCUUCAAGACAAUUGUUACAGCUUAUAAGAACAUGGCCAACACCAGCCAAGAGACCUUCAAGCAUGUGUUGAUCACUGAGGGCCACUACGAUUCCAUCAUUGUCUUCUACAACCAAGUGUUUAUGCAGAAGCUGAAAACCAACAUCCUGCAGUAUGCUUCUACCAGGCCUCCUACACUCUCGCCAAUCCCACAAAUACCGUGCAGCCCCUACAAAUUCCCUAAUUCACCUCUACGUGUGCCCGGUAGCAACAAUGUGUACAUCUCUCCUCUGAAAAACACACGCAUGUCUCCCAGUAUCAUGACACCUCGCUCCAGAAUGCUGGUAUCCAUCGGCGAAUCAUUUGGGCCAUCAAAUCGCUUCCAGAAGAUCAACCAGAUGGUCAACAGCAGUGAUCGAUCCCUAAAGAGGACCCUGGAUCACGGCGCCAUCCCAAAGCCACUGAAGAGGUUACGAUUUGAUGUGGACGGACAAGAUGAAGCUGAUGGCAGCAAAUCUGGAGGUGAUUCGACACUGAUACAGAAGCUUGCAGAGAUGAGCUCCACUCGUAGUCGCAUGCAGGAGCAGAAGAUGAAGGAGGAUGCUGAAUCGAGGAUGGAAGAACUCUAAAACCUGUUCAGCUGACCUGCACUCUUUGCCACAGUGUGAACACUACUUUCUGUUCACACAUGAAGUGAAACACGUUAGGUUUUGUACAUUUAAAGUGCUAUUUUAUUUUGUAUUUAAGGAGGAGGAGUAAUUUGUGAAUAUAGAGGAUGUUAAGUUUUUUUUUUUUUCUUGUUUUGUUGAUGCUUUACUUGAGUGUUUUUAAUGAGCUAGGGUUGUCAUGGAUUUUCAUUAGAAAUUGACUUGUUGAUGAUGACGUAUGUUUGGUUUUAGUGUGGAUCUUUUUUUUUUAUUUUUUUAUACACACUGCUGGUUUUCUCCACCUCCAGGAAUUUUUUUUAAAAAGGUCUCAAAUAUAAUGUCACAUUCAAGUGUUAAAUCAUGAGAGCCGUUGUGUUUUUUAGCUUUUAUUUUUUUUUUUUGUUUUGUGUUUUCUCAUAGUAUACAAUCAGAUCCUUGUGAAUGUACCUUCAGACUUCUUAUGGAGGACGUGAUAUUGGACUUUGUGUUUUGUUUUUAGCUCUGGGUAAAAUAACAUUUUAGUACUGAUUCAGAAAUGUAUUUUGAUUUUUAAGAAAACAUACACGUCAUGUCAUAGAUGUAAUUAAAAACAAAUUUAGGAACCUCCUCAGUGCUAACACUUAACAUUAAGAUCAUCCAUGAAACAUUAAACUCAACUUAUAGUUUAGUCUAUUUACACAAACCAAAAAGGUCCCUUUUUAAUCACCAAAUUCCACUGUAAUU